ACAUAUGUAUUGGCUUUUUGUUUUAUUAGCCUAAUAUUUUACAUUUGGAUUAGGUAGUAGUUAUUUGUAUAUUGUGACACAUAAGUAUUUUCCGAUGAAAGUUGCUGUUUCAAUUUCAUGUUCGUUCACGCUGUUAUUACGUUACGCAGUCCAUUCAUUGUGGUGUCUUAAAAUUUUGCAAUAUUUUUCAAAAUAACAAUUUAAUAAGUAACUUAUGAUUAUUAUUAUUCAUAAUAUAUUUAUUAUUUGAGUCUUUCUAUCCGUCAUCUCAAGGAAAAACAAAUUUAUACCCCUGUGAUAAAAUUCAGUGAUUUGGGUACUACAAAUGUACAAUUCUUCAUUAUUUGUUUCACAACAAAACCCUAUUGUGAUAAUAAUUUGUUAAGUAGGUACAUUGUUCCAAAAUCACAUCCAAACUAUCAGCUGUUAUCAUAAAACGAUCUAAGGUAUUUGUUUAAGGUGUGAUUCACCUUCUACAUUGCCUCUUCAAUGUAUUAAUGUUAAAUGCAUUUACAUAACGCACAUACAGAGCUAUAAUGUCGCUUAUGCGAUUCUUGUUAAAACUGAACUGAGUUUGAGAAAAUCCAUUUUUUAAUAGUUAUUAGUGAGAUGUUUGCUUUUAUUAAUAAUGUUAUAAGUAGUAGUUUAAAUAUUAUCAUUCUAUCUCUUUAGUUGUGUAGUAUUAUAUAAUAAUUAUAUUAAGAUGUUGAAUUUUCAAUGCUUCUCCUGAAAAAGUACAUAAUUUGCUUAUAUGUGUUAGAACACGGUCCUGACAUCAUAAUGAGCAAUAAGGUGUGGACAACAAAGAGAGAUAUCCUCAAAGACCUGGCAGAAGUGAAUGGAAGAAGAUUGCAGAAAUUGCACAACAGCGAUUUGAUUGUUGGCCAAAAACCACCACCAAUGCGGCUGUAUCAAGAUGAAAAUAGUUUAGAUGAAUUGAAUCUCCGUUUCGGCAUUGCCCAGGGGGAGAUAACAGUUGAUGAAGAAACAAAACCAGAUCUCAACGCGAUUAAGCACAUGCUACGUGUGGUAAACGAUUAUACGGAAAGUGAGGUGAAAGAGGUAAAACAGAGCUCUACUACUUCAAAGGGUUCUUUUGAUAUUACAAUAACUAAGUUAAAUCCUAAUGUAGAAGAAUUUGUGCCAAGAACUAUGCAUGAUUCUAAAACUUGUGAAAGACAAAAUAUAAGUGUAAUAAAAAAGACUGAUAGGGAUGUUACAUCAAAAAAUGAUAAGAGUGAAACUAAUUUUACAAUUGCUAAUCAUAAUGAACGCAAUAGGGAGGUAAACGAUUCUCUUAGUGCUAGUAAUAAGAUAGUUAAAGGAACUGAGAACAAAGAUAUAGUUAUGCAGGCAUCACUAGACAAUGCAAUUUGCACACAAGCAGCAAAUGAGCUGAAAAAAACUAUAUUAAUGAGUAAUGCGAAAAACCCACAAAUGAAGAAAGCCAAAAAUGUGGCUAUAGCUAAUCUACAGAAGCUUCUGUCAAUACCGAAUGAAAAUUUGAAAAGUCGUACAGUUAAAAAUGAAAUCAAAUUAAUCACUCCAGACUAUUACGAGAAAUGCAAAAGUUUGCCUUUGGAAAAAGAGGGAGCUACAGAAAUUCCAAUUAAACAAAAAGUUAUGAGAAUUACCAAAGUGCCUUUACUAGAUAUUGACACUGAUAUUGAUAACAAAAAUCAAGUUGAUGAUAGCAUAUGUAACAGGAAAAAAUUUGCUGUUCCGAAAGAUUAUGAAAUCAAUUUAAGAAAAUCACCCAUGAAUGUGAUAAAUUCUGAAAUUGAAAUAAACUCUGCAUUACCUCAAAGAUUUGAUAAACCUCUGUCCUUACCAGAAAUUAAAAAUGGAGCUACAGAAGCAUUGACGAAUGUUAACGCGUCUGAUUCACAAAUACAAAAUUCCAUAAAGAAAGUAAGUACUUGGCUCAAUGAAACUGACGAAAAACUAAUAAAAACAGGAUUAUUUCUCAAUCCUGUGACUUUCAAACGGAAAGAUACAAGCAGAAGGAAUUCUCCCGUUGAAACUGAGAAAAAGGUUGCCAAGCAAUCAAACUACUGUGUCACUGAACAGUACAAGCCUUCUAAAUACGCUGAUGAAUUGAUGCAAAUGUACACAGCCAGGGUAGAGGAGAAGAAAAAGAAAGAACUUGGAAACACAUGGGUGAAUCUGGACAGAAUCCUGAAGGAGAAAGACGAUGAACUCAAGAGGGCCAAAUCUGGAAACUCUAUGGAAGAUUCUGAAAAUAUACAAAUGCCUUUGAACAUAUAGAUUUCCUUGUUAAAUUUUAAGCAAAUUGACUCAUAAUUAUUUUUCUAUUAGCUGUCUUCCGAAUCAGUGAGAGUGAUGUUCUGAAUAGAGUAUAAAAUGCAGCAGUGUUGCAGGCAUGCACGACAUUUAAAAAGAUUAAUCUGUAUCAAAUUUAUAUAUGUUUGGCUUGCAUUUAAAAAGGAUCACCAAACUCAUAGCAAACAAUUAAAUAUCAAAGCUCCAUUUGCAUAACUGUACAAACAAAUAGCAUGCAACCUGUCAAAACGUAUUGGUAUUGUUAAUGUCAAGCAACACUACCAGAGUAUUUGCUCGUCUGCUUACGCUAGCUAAUAGAAUGGUCGUUUUAAUUGUAUACAAUGUUUGUAUAUUAUGUUAUUAUUCAAUUGGUAAGGGAAUUUAUGCUCAUGGCCCAGUGGUAUCAAGUGGGUCUCUUAGAUGAGGUCGGAGGCUUAAAAUUGGAUGUACAAACCAUUACGAUUUGACUAUUUAUGAAAGUCAUAAAUAUGUAAGGUAAAUGUGUUCACUAGUGUUCACGGUUGACAUCUUGUUUACAAUGUUUAUAUCGGGACAUUUCUCACACAACUCUGUAUACAGGCUGGCUGUAAAGUUAAUUCCCUGAUAUUGUGUUAAAUGACCGUGGAACGUGUAACAAGCUUAUAAUGUUCAUAUUUGUGUAACAUUAGCACAAUGUUGGAUUUGAUGGUUCACAGACAUGAUUUGCACUUGGGUCUUGUUGAUUUAUCGGAACAUACACAUGGUAUCCUAUCUGCUUAGGAAUUUUCACUCUGCUGUAACAAAACUGAUUAAAAAAUUAUUUAAAAAGCACCAGACUCAUCUCCAUUUUAUUCUAAGUUGUUGUAACAUAGUCAUUAUGUUUGUUUGUUGAUAAAACGUUAAGAUUGUAUCGUGUUGCCUUCCAAGUCACUGAAGUAGGAAACCUAUGGAAAUGAAACGUCAACAAAAAACGCGUGCCACUAUGACGUCAUCUAGCCGCUAAACAUGGCGGUUUUAGUGCUGCCCAGAAGAUUUUAAUGUUAUAAGGUUUUAUCGAUAAACGUUCUUGGCUCAUUUUAUUUAACUGACGUGACAAUGACACUUGGUGCGCUCAACAUGGCGGAUUUUCGGCCUCAUUAGACAUUUACGUAUAUUCUUGUUUAAUUUUAUGUACGCACUGAAAUACUGUUAUAUUGUUUUCCUGCGAGUUACAGUGCUGAGUAAGAACGAGAUAGAUAUAUGUUUAUGUGUGUACCUUCAAAAUGAGUGCUAUUUGUAUAAGCAAUUGUAUAUAUAGAAUAAAUAUGUCGCGUCCCUACUAUAUAGGUCUAUGCAUGUUUAGCGCACCAAAUGUCAUUGUCAUUUCAGUUCAGCCGUUAAACAACAACUUUAUAAAAUCAGUGUAGUAACUUUUAAAAAUCGUCAUAUAAUUCACUUGGCAAAUUUAAAGCACGAACUUGUCUUAGAUUUCACACAACUAAAUCACAUCAUCUUUGCACAUAACAAUAUACCUACUUACUUUCUAUUAAAGUAUAAAUUCUACAAAUAAUUAAUACUCAACAAUAUUUAAAAUAAAAUGAACCAAGAACGUUUAUCGAUAAAACCUAAUAACAUUAAAAUCUUCUGGGCAGCACUAAAACCGCCAUGUUUAGCGGCCAGAUGACGUCACAGUGGCACGAAUUUUUUGUUGACGUUUCAUUUCCAUAGGUUUCCUACUUCAGUGUAAGCAUGGCGGAUUUUCGGCCUCAUUAGACAUUUACGUAUAUUCUUGUUUCAUUUUAUGUACGCACUGUAAUACUGUUAUAUUGUUUUCCUGCGAGUUGCAGUGCUGAGUAAGAACGAGAUAGAUAUCUGUUUAUGUGUGUACCUUCAAAAUGAGUGCUAUUUGUAUAAGCAAUUGUACGUAUAGAACAAAUAUGUCGCGUCCAUAAUUUAUAGGUCUAUGAUCAUGUUGCCCUCCAAUUAUCCUCGCAUUAUGGAAUGUCAUUUCAAUGUCAAAGUUCACAAUGAAGUUUGCGAGACCAAAAUGCAAAUGUAACGCAAUAUGAAUUUUUUAUUUUUUAUUUUAUUCCGUAGUUAGAAAUUUAAUUUUUAUUACUAAGAAGAAAGUUUUAUUUAUUUAGUGGCGUAUUAGUGUAAUUGUAGAUUAUUAAGAAAGCUGAUGUGGGACCUGCCUUGACAUUUGCUGUAAAAGACUUUUGAUAGGAUGGAAUGAUAGUAAACAUUAGCCAAUCAACUAUCUAGAAAAUCAAUUUGAUUGGAUUGUUUUUACUGUCGAAAUAUUGUAAUAUAUACAGGGUGUUUCGUUACUGGUUACCGAGAAUAGAGGGAGUUAAUAACUAAGAAUAACACUUGAAAGUCUUGAGUCUGUAGUUUUGAAGUUAUAGCUUUUAUUGUCCUAAGUAUGUCGUUUUUAAUAAUAGUUUUUUUUAAAUUUAUUAUUUAGAUGUAAUUGUCGUACGUUAUACUCAAAAAUUUAAAUACGUCAAUUACGUCCUUAAAAAAUCCAAACUUCAAAACUAUAAGACUUAGGACAAAAAAAAUUAAGUGUUUUUCUUCUAUAUGAAUUCUAUUCCGCAUACCCCGUUGUUCCACUACUAAUGGGACACCCUGUAUAAUAUAGCGUAUUACAGUUAUGGGAUCAUGGGUUUUAAAACUAGCACCCAAAGAAAAUCUAGGGAACACACCUAGAUAAGAUAAGAACAAGUUUUUUCAAUUGAAAAUUAUAGCAGAUAAAUUAAUACUCUAGAAAUUUCCACGGAUCGUAGUUUUUUUUUCUUUCUCUGAAUCAAGUUCCGAUCCUCGUUUGACAGUCGUGAGUGUCCCAAACGGUGUCCCGGCACACGGGCAAUACCUACCUAAAUAUCGUGACCCGUUAGAAAUGCGAUCAUUGACACAAAUGCUCAAAUGGUGAAUGUAUUUUUGAUGUUGAUCAUCAAAGUUGAUGAACGAAUCUAUCGGGUAACGGGUUUAUCGCGUAUUCUUGUGUUCUCUUUUGCAAUUUUUUUAUUUACUCCACUAGAAAGGUUUUUAUGUUUUUUAAAUUAUCUAUGUAUUAUUAGUUUAAUUGGUUUAUAAAAACGGAAACGACUUGCUUUGAACUUUGCUGUAAAAGUCUUUUGACAGGAAAAAAAUCUUAGUCAAGUGGGGCAGUUAAAUAUACGAUCACUGUAUAUGUGAUUGGCCUUUGGUUGUAACACACAAUGCCACAUCUAAUGAUCGUAAAUAAUACUAUUAUGAACUCGGUAACGAUCUGCAAAGCAACUCUCCCAGUUCGUACAAAGUUUUAAACUAGAACGACUAUCUGAUACUUUAAGGAUGUAAUGUCCAUUGAAGAUUCCCUCAUGUCGUGGGGAAUAUUAAAAACGCCAUUACUUUUUGUCUCUAAUAAUCGAUCACUAGUUUGUCGAGCACGAGGCGUGGCGGUCGGAUAAUUCAGCUGCGACGGGCGGGAAAUGUAAUGGAACUCGUCUUAUGACGAACGCGAAAGAAAGAAGAAGAAAGACGUACAGGAGUUUUACAGCUCGAAAUGAAAUGCUGAGCUUUAUAGCUCGUUUACGUCUUUCUGAUGUCUAACGUUAAAAUUGCCGUGAGCUAUUAGUCAGUGGAGCCAAACGUAACUAAACAGGGCUGCCCCAGUUUAUCUUGUUCCGUUUCAUUUUAAACAACAAACUUAACUUACCUUAUAAAAAUAGUAACCACUGCUUUAUUGCGAAUUAUUCAGAAUGCCCUAGUUUAUUUCCAAGAAAACCGAGACCCGAUUUGAAAUUUGCUGUAAAAGUCUCUUGAAAGAAAGAACAAUAGUAAAAAUAAGCCAAUAUAAAUAUUUCAUAGAAACUGAAUACAUUGUUUUGUAUUUGAUUGGCUUAUUCUGCUAUUUAAUCAAUGGUCUUCCGAAUCUCUCGAAUAGUGUUCUGCAGUUGAAGCCCUACGCUCGCACGACACUGGUUGCAAAAUGUAAUAUCAAGUGCAAAUGUAGAUUAUUUUGUUCGUAUUCAUUUUAUAUUUAUGAACUGCAACAUAUGUAAAAGUAGAAAUUAAAUCUAGUAAUAAUAUCUAAGUCUAUAUCUGAUUACUACUUAUUUAUGUCCCUUUUGCCAUCGUAGGGUUCGCCACCGGAGCAGUAUGCAUAUACAAUUAUGUAUGUAUGUAUGUAUAUUAUAAUUAUGUAUAUAUAGAACCACUAAAAUAUUUUUCCUCCUCGCACCUUAUCCGGUUUUGAAAUGAAAUUUCCUCCACAGUUUUUUCUUACCACCCUUAUAAAAGGGUAUUCGUUCUCACCCUUCUUAAUCUCUUCAUAUCCUCGUUAUCUAUUUCUCCUCCUCGCUCACUCUCCCUUCUCCAUCUCCCUCUCUCCUUCCUCGGCGCUGUGCAACAUUUUAACUCUGUUGUGGUAGUUGCUGACUUCGUGAAGAGACAGCGAAUACACACAAUCAGACCGUUUUUUUAUUGCCCUUUUAGACAGACGAGCAUACGGCCCACUUGAUGGUGAGUGGUUACCGUCGCCCAUGAACUUCAGCAAUACCAGGGGCAGAGCCAAGCCGCUGCUACCGUAUGUUCAGUUGUCUACAGUGUCAAUAAAAAAAGCGUCAUGACGAGCGCCCUCUAUUAUGUGAUUAGUCGUCAUUGUAAUUGAGAUAAAAGUGGAAAGAAAAAUCCAUUUGUUACUGAACCCUAAAACGUAAGAUUUCAUAGACUUUAAGACUUUCAAAUCUAAGAGCAGUUGCGGUUUAUAUAGACCUCGAGACUUUUUACCCAAAAAAAAUACAAACAAAUAAUUGCAUUUGUGCUUUACAUGAUGUUUACAAGGUUUUUUACUGCAAAAUGCUAUUGAGAUCGGAAUACAGUUAAUAACCGUCUCAUUCAAGUACAACUCUUGGCAAAACUCUGUCCAUCGAAUUUGAAAAAGAAAAUAGGUGAAUUAACUUGGUGUUGCAUUGCCUCUCUCGCAGAUCAGACUAAUUGCAAGUUCAAUAGUUUUACUUGAAUGUAGCGAACAAUUGCGUUGGUUCAGCGACGUAAACUGUGACUUGAAUGGAACCAAAUUGUAAAGUCACAAGGGAAAAUUCCGCCAACUCAUACUGCCCCUGAUAAUAUUACCAAUGCAUCAAACUCCCAAGUCCUUUCAUGUUUAGAUUAGUAAGAAUUGAACUAACCAAUGCAAUCAUAUUUUUCCUCAAUAUUAAUACAAGAUAUUUGCAAUGGAAACUCGAUUUGAAAUGACGCAUAAACCGUGGAUAAAGAAUACAAAAAAAUGUGGCAAAAAAAAACAAGUUAGCAUGCGCUGGUCCAAUUUCAAGAACCAUUCACCUUUCAACGCAACCUAGUAAUAAAAUGUAACUUUAAAGAAUUAAAAAAGUAAACAAACUCAAACGCAAAACAUGUAAAAAAAAUGGAAAUAAAAAAAAAAUGUAAAAUAA